GUUUGGCAUUGCAAUAUAUGCGUAAAUAAAUCUAAGCGAAUUUGAAAAUUGUUUAAAACUAGCUUCGAAAUGGAAUGUGAUGAAGAAAAAAUUUAUGUUGAAGUUUUGGAUGAAAGUCAAAUACCAGAGAAUGAACUGGCGGAGUUCCAGGAAACGCAAAUAAUUAAAAGUGAAGAGUUCUUGGAUAUAAAUUGUCAAGAAGAUGAAGAAACUUUAAUAAAGAAAUUCGUGUCUGGUGAAAGUGGACUUCAGGACAUAUAUACUAUGUUAGGUUUGAAUACAGAAAAAUCAGAUGAUGAAGAUGACAGUGACAAUCAAAGCGAAAAAGAGGAUCUUAGAGAAAAACCAAGCACAUCAUCUAAAAUUUUUGGUAAAGGUGGCCUAGAAGAACGCACACGUCCACAUCGCAAACGUUCAGUGUUGGAACCGAGUUUAUCCGCGUUAAUGGGACAAGCAAAUCUAAGUUUCGCACGCGGACAAACAGAUUUAGCUGAAAAAAUUUGUUUUGAAAUUAUACGUCAGAACCCUUUAGCUUCAGAGUCUUUCUACACAUUAGCACAAAUAUACGAAUUUAAGGAUGAAGAAAAAUUUAUUAAUUUUUUAACAAUUGCUGUUCAUUUGAAUCCCUAUGAACGUGACACUUGGAUACGUAUUAUUGAUAUACACAUACAUAAAAAAAAUUAUCCAUUAGCUCGUAGUUUUUAUUCAAAAGCAAUAAAAACCUUUCCAAAGGACUAUGAUUUACACCUGCGUAAAGCUCAAUUAUUGGAUACAAUGGGUGAUUCAUCUGCAGCUAUGCGUACCUAUCUAAAAAUGAUUCCACAUGUACCACCCGAACGAGCUGAGUUGUGUUUAGUUACGGCAAAAAAUGUAGCGCACUACUUUCAUGGCUUAAAGAAGUUUGAGUUAGCUUUAAAAGCUAUGGAACAAGCUUAUAAUGUGUGCGGAAAACGUUUUUCUUUAGACGACCUUAACUUAUAUUUAGAGUUACUGUUACUGCGGAAGCAGUACCAAAAACUGUUACUUUGCUUAAAUGAAAAAACAAGUAUGGACCUUGAAAUAGAGAAAGUGGAUGGUACAGAAAUAAUAUUAUAUUGUCAUAUGCCGGAAAAUUUGUUAGAUGCAUUUCGUGCUAAAGCAUGUGUCUGUUUAAUACAUUUGACUGCGAAACAUAUAUAUGAAUAUAUUAUAGAGAAUGUUUGCAACUACAUACCAGUUGAAAGUGAACGUCUCGAGUUGUACAUCGAUGUAACAGAAGCGUUUAUGCAGGAAACUAAAUACACGGAAGCAUUGCAAUUAUUAAAACACUUAGUUUAUAAUGAAUACAUUGAUUGUCCUGCCUUUGUAUGGUUGAGAUAUGCUGAAUGCCUACGACAUAUGGAGCGUACAAACGAAGCUAUCGAAAGCUAUGAACGUGUAGUCGAAUUAGCACCUUUUUGUUAUGAAGCAAAGUUUACAUUGUCUGCGUUACUUAAACAACAAGGUAGACAAUCUGAAGCACUAAAAGCGUUGGAACAGUAUGAUAAAAAUGAUAGUGAACCUUUGAAUGCACGACUACUUUAUGAGCGCGCUAUAAUGCUUAAACAAAUCGGAGAAAUCAAUGAGUAUCUAGAUGUUGGAUACGUUUUAAUAUCGCGGAAUUCUCUUAAAUUGAGAAAUCGUGAAGAAAUGACUGCAGUUGCGAAAGGUGGGAGCUUCUAUAAUUCUGAAGGUAUUAAAACUGUAUUACAAAUGCGUAAUAUAACAGAAGACUCCGACGCAAUGAUACAGGAAUACAACAAAUCUCAAACUGAUAAUUCAGAUCUAACCGUAGAAGAUGAAUACAAACUUCUAAUGGAUCUUUUAGAUACAGCUUUUGAGCGUAAGAAGUUCAGUUACUUACAACGCAUAUGUUUUUCGCUAGUAACAACGAAGCGAUUCACCAAUUAUCAUGAAGAAUUGCAGCGGAUAAUAAUAUUAGCGUGCUACUAUAACGACGACUGUGACAUGGCUUUCACGUAUUUGCGUGAAUUGAUAACAAAAAAGCCCUUGGUGGUAUCGCUGUGGAAUAUGUUAUCACUUAUGAUACAAAAAGGUCACGAUCGACGCUAUCAACGUUAUGUAAAUCGUUUAAUACAACGUCAUGCGGUGGUACGUCCAAUGCGUAUACUUGUGGGUCAUUUUCAUUUAAAUUGCAGUUCAUAUAAGUACGCUUUAAAUAUAUAUGCACCACUGUUAAAAGAAAACUCGGAUCCUUUAGUAGCACUUUGCAUAGCAGUCAUUUUUAAUCAGAUUUCUUUGCAAAAGAAAGUUUUACGAAAAAGUUCUGCUAUUGCACAUUCCACUGCAUUCGCCCAUAGGUAUGCUGAGUUGAGACGCAAUAAUAGUUUAACUUGUGCUGCAGAACAGGAGAUAUGCUACAAUAUUGGACGGAUAUAUCAUCAAGCUGGAAUUAUGCAUUUGGCUAUAUAUUACUAUGAGCGAGCUUUAGCCCAACAACAUCCAUUGAUAGAUGAGCACGCAGAGUAUCUGAGCUUGACUUACGAAACUGCGUACAAUUUACAUUUGAUAUACAAAGCAAAUGGAAACCUACAUAAGGCACGGCAGAUUUUAUAUAAAUAUAUUGUGAUUUAAACAUAUUUAACGUA